AAGCCAUUUGUAAAACCUGAUCACAACGUACCAAACAAAAAACCAAAACGUAAACUAAAAAAAUUAUAUCAGCAAAAAGCGAUGGACACUGUAAACCGAUUAGUGGAACAAAAACCUUUGGUAAUCUUCGCCAAGAGUUGUUGCUGCAUAAGCCACUCAGUGAUGCAACUCAUCAGCAGCUACGGAGCAAAUGCAACUGUCUAUCAGCUCGAUGAAAUGUCUAACGGGAAAGAAGUAGAGAAUGCACUCCAAAAGCUAGGACUUAGACCAGGUGUCCCUGCUGUUUUCAUAGGCCAAAAGUUAGUUGGAGGAGCUAACGAGAUUAUUAGCCUGCAGGUGCAAGGAAGACUCGUGCCAGCGUUAAAGAAAGCAGGAGCUUUAUGGGUGUAAACUAAUAAAUUAAAACGCAUUUCACUAAGAGUAUUAGUUUCUUCUUAUUGAUUGCCUUCCAAACUUCGUAUUUCAGUAAGUUGGAAGCUCCGGAAUUUAGUCUAUUUACAAACAGCUCGUAGUGUUAUCAGUAGUAUAAUUUCAGAAUUUUCCUUUUUGGGCGUUACAAUAUUGUAAGAUAAAUUGUGUUUCCUUCUCUUCUGAAUAAAGAUUGUUUUUGUUAUAUCAACUGUUCAAGAAAGUUUUUUCUGACGGACAAGAUGUCUAACUUUGCUUAUAUGCUUCAUAAUAAACUAGAACAAAAAAUUACGACAAUUCGUUCCAAAGUUCUUAGUUCUACGGAAACACUUAAGAACGUCAAAUAACAUAAGCACAUGAAUGAUCAUGAUGCAGAAGACACAAUUAGGCUUAGGAUAUUCUACCAGAGGCCAGGAUCAUUUUCCUGUUGCAAAUAAUAGAAGAAUAACAUGUUAAUAGAAAGCAAUAUGAUCCAUGCAUAUCUAUAUACAUCUUCCAAUUCUUAUGCAAAACCAUUUGAGAUUUCAUUGUAACUAUGACUACAAAGA